UCCCAUAAGGCAGUGACAAAUAAUGCAUUCAAGCAUUGGAACUGGGUCACUUGCCUAUCGUCUAGGAUCCAAGGUUAUGGAUAUGAGGUCAUCCUCCAAAGAUGAAAGGCAAAGGGAAACUAUUGUCAAGAGUAGACAAUCUUCCAUUGAUAAUACUGAUAACAUAGAAAAUUCUUGUGACUUGAGCAACAAUUGUACAGAUAUGUCAAGUGAUGGCCAAAGGGAAAUUUCUAGUGAUCCCACUGAUCAUGUCACCUUGAGGGUGAGUAGUGAUGGUGCAGCAUGUGACUCUUCUUCUUUUAUACCUACUCUUGGACUAUACAGCAGCAGUUCCUCUAUCUAAAAUAGGGAGAGAAUAUCACAGACUACAUUUCAUAACUGAAACAUAUAUUGAUUUUCCCCCACUACCAGUCAUAGAUUUGUUUGAUGGUGGAGAAGAUGAGAAUGACUUUGUUCCAUAUGAGGAUGAGAGUAUGUAUAGUUUCCAAAUCAAUGACAAUUCUGAGUUCAUCAUGGAACCAAAUACUUUUCACCAUCUAGCAAUUUUUCUCACUAUUUUAAUUCUGAAAUCAAGUUGGUUAUUCCUGAAAGGCACCAAUCAGUCUCAGAGUCCAGUAAUCUGGGUCAUAAAACAGAAAUUGUCAACAGAUUAAGAAUGUCAGAUGGCUCAAAAACACCAUUGACAAAUGCAACCACAUCUAAGGAGGAGCAGCAAAUGAGGCUUUGGAAUAUGCACCAAAUAGUUGUUGAUGUGGUGAGAACAGAUAGUCAUGUUGAACUCUACAAGGACACAAGAAAUCUAGAAAGGAUGUCUGAUAUUCUUGCUGUCUAUACAUGGGUUGAUCCUGCAACUGGUUAUUGUCGAGAUAAUGCUGAUGCAUUUUGGUGCUUCAAGAUGCUCAUCAUAAGGAGACUGGUAUUGUAUUAUUAUAG